GCCUAAGGCGGGCAACGCCUUCGCUCUGGACCUCUUGGCCGGCCCGCGGGAGCGCUCGGCUCGGGGCCCCGGCCUUGGCGCUGCUGCCCCCGCGCUGGGCAGGGGACCGGGUUGUCCCAUCGGGGCUUCCCUGCCCAGGCGGGAUGGGGGAUCCGCACGAGGGGCUGCCUGGGGUCACAGGCAGGAGGGGCCGCAGGUGCCCGGGGCCCUGCUGGCGUUCAGCCUUCUCGCUCUCUAGGAGGCGGGAGGGAAUUGCUGUCACUUCGCAGGCGUUUAGGCAGGUGCCCGGCCCGCGAUCGGGGUGCUGACGGCGGUUCUGCAGGGCUGUAGCAGCACCCACACCAGAACUUCUGCUGGUGUGGAAGAGUGCGUCAGAGCAGCCCUUUAGAAGCUACGCGGCCAUGAUGAAAUCCUACAAUGCCAUUUUGUGUGGGUGAAGUGAAGGGGUAGAAAAGGAAAUAAAAAAAAAUGCCCAAGCAAACAGCAGUGACAAUAACUUUGGCGACCCUGCUGGGUGUUGCAGUGGGAGGCCUGGUUUUGUGGAAGGCAUCCCAACGUCGGAAAGGAAAAGCAUACCAUGAUAGUCAGCAAGAAGAAGCAGCUAUAAAGUCGGGAGAUGAGAAACUCAUUAAAACAGAGGAUAAGGAGGUGCUUUCCUUCUUCAAAUCUCCCACCUUUUCCUGGGUAGAGAGGACCCUUGGUGCAGACAUAGUGAUAGUUUCAGAGCAGGAGGAGUGGGAUCGCGUUGAACCAUUGCUGAAGAAGGAGCUGGAGAAGUGGCCGGUGCUUGGAAUUGAUUGUGAGUGGGUAUCUGUGGAGGGAAGAGCAAAUCCUGUAUCCCUGCUACAGAUGGCUUCUUCCAGUGGCCUCUGCAUUCUUGUUCGGUUGCCCAGGCUUGUUGCCAGUGGACAGACUCUCCCAAAGACCCUGUUGGACAUCAUGGCAGAUAGUACCGUGUUGAAAGUUGGGGUAGGAUGCUGGGAAGAUGCUUGCAAGCUCCUUCAUGAUUAUGGCCUUCCAGUCAAAGGGAGUGUGGAUCUCCGGUAUUUAGCCAUGAGACAGCGGAAGGAUCUACUUCACAACUGCCUUAGCCUUAAGUCUUUAGCUGAAAAAGUCCUGAACUGCCCGCUUGACAAAUCUCCUCAUGUGCGUUGUAGCAACUGGGAGGCAGAAGAACUGGCACAAGAUCAGGUCCUUUAUGCUGCUAGGGAUGCCCAGGUCUCAGUGGCUCUGUUCCUCCAUUUGCUGGGAUUUGCUGGCCUCCCUGCUACCUCUGAAGGUGAAAACUCUGUCGCUGCUUGGGAAAAAGCAUUGGGUAAAUGCCGGGGCUUGGUGGAUAUCCCAUUUAGAGGAAGAAAGAGUAGCAGCACAGGAGAAGAGAAGAGUGGAGAUGGACACUCGCCUCAGAAAACAAAGAAUCGGAAAUCUUGGGUGAAUGGCCAUCCCUCCGGCAAUCAUCAAGUGAGAGAUCCACGGAGGCAGAAGCGAAAGCCUCUGGGUGUGGGGUAUUCUGCACGAAAAUCUCCACUGUAUGACAACUGCUUCCUGCAUGCACCAGAUGGGCAACCCCUGUGCACUUGUGAUCGCAAGAAGGCCCAGUGGUAUCUGGACAAGGGGAUUGGAGAGCUAGUUAGCACAGACCCAUUUGUUGUGAAGCUGCGGUUUGAGCCUUCAGGACGUCCUGAGUCUCAAGUUGAUUAUUAUCUGACAGUCAAAGAAAACCUGUGUGUUGUAUGUGGCAAGCGAGAAUCCUAUAUCCGGAAGAACGUUGUUCCUCAUGAAUACCGAAGACACUUCCCCAUUCAGAUGAAGGACCACAACUCCCAUGACGUGCUCCUACUCUGCACAUCCUGCCAUGCCAUUUCCAAUUACUAUGACAACCAUCUCAAGCAGCAGCUGGCUGAGGAGUUUGGUGCCCCCAUCGGCUCCGAGGAAGGUGUGCGUCUGCUGGAGGACCCUCUGCGCAGGCAAGUGCGCUCGGGAGCGCGAGCCCUGCUGAAUGCAGACAGCCUGCCUGACCCCCGAAGGGCAGAGCUUCUGCAAAGCAUCAAGGACUUCUUUAACACUGAGACAGUCACCCCAGAAAUGCUCCAGGAAGCAGCUGGUCUGGAAACCAGGAUCUGCAAUGAGAGCUACAUGCCACAUGGACUGAAGGUGGUGCAGUGUUUUGCUAAAGGAGGCCUGCGCUCCCUUAUGCAGUUGGAAAGACGCUGGCGGCAGCACUUUUUGGACAGUAUGCAGCCCAAGCACCUCCCAGAGCAAUGGUCAGUGGAUCAUAACCACAUGAAGCUGAUCCGAAAGUAUGGGGAGGAUCUUCAGAUUGAGCUGUCAUGAAACUAAGUCCCUGAACUCUGGAUAGUGUCUAAUGAACACAUGUAACUGAAGAUCACACUGGGAUUGGAUCAAGGGUUGGACUUGAUGAUCUCUUCCAACCCAGUUAAUUCUAUGAUUCUAUGAUUCUUAGAUGGAAGGACUAUUUUUAUCUCUAUGUCUUCACUAACACCUGGAUCUGGGUUUGCAAACAGGUAGCAGUAGAUCUGCCAGAUUUGACAUUUUUAUAGAGUUAAAUUUGACAGUUAGAUCCAUUGACUCUAACUUUCAGAUGGUUUGGAAUGUUUAAUCCUAGUCUGUCACUCACUAGCUGAGGGGAACUUGUCUUCUCAAAGUGAAUAUGGAGAAUUAUUUUCCUCAAGCCUCCAGGGUGCUUGAUGCCUGCAGACCAUCUCUCAACAUAGAGCACAAUAUAUGAACUUUUCCACAUUUUCUGACGUAAAUUUGUACCCUUGACUUCACCUUUAGUCCCAUGAUAAAAAUCUGUCUUUGUUUUCAGUGCAGUUGUAUUUAUAUGAGUUCUUCUUAGAGAAGUCCCUCUGCCAGAGAGAGAUUUCUUGUUUGGAACUAGCAAAGAAGCCUUACCUUUUUGCAAAUUCUAAGGUUUACCAGCAUUGCAGAUAGGCCUCAGCAAGUUUCCUAGUGGCAGGUGCCUGAUGAGAAGUAACACUCUAGCUCUGGCAGCGUGGAAGCACCUAUGCCAAGUCUUUUGUUAAACAGCUUCCAGCAACACACAGUUUAUAAAAAUGUUCUUUCCUAAUUCUGCUUGUCUGUCUUGAAUAGUGUGCACAUGCCUCCAAGGCUGCGAUCUUAUUGGCAUUACAGAGACAGGGUGGGAUGACUCCUAUGACUGGAGUGUUGGAAUGGUAGGAUACAGGCUGUUUAAGAAGAACAGGCAUGGAGGUGUCUCACCUUCUGUGUCAACGACUGGCUGGAGUGCAUGGAGCUCAGCCUAGGGAUGGAUGAGGAGUUUAUGAGACAGGAUUAAGGAGGACAGGGACGGGUGACAUUACGGUGGAGGUCUGCUACAGGUCACCCAACCGGGAAGAUUGAGUGGAUGAAGCCGUCUACAGACAGAUAAAAGCAGCCUCAUGUUCACCAGCCUUGGUCGUCAUGGGAGACUUCAACCAUCCCCAUAUCUGUUGGAGGGACAACACAGCAGGGCAUAAGCAAUUCAGGAGGUUCCUGGAAUGUGUUGAUAACUUCUCCAGAAAGUCAACCUCAUCCUGGGCUGCAUCAAAAGAGGCAUGACCAGUAGGUCAAAGGAGGUGAUUCUCCAAUCUACUUUGCUCUCAUGAGACCCAUGUGGAGUACUGCGUCCAGCUCUGGGGCCCCCAGCAUAACAGAGUGAGUCCAGAGAAGAGCUACAAAGAUGAUCAGAGGGCUGGAACAUCUGUCUUACAAAGACAGGCUAAGAGAGGUGUUCAGCCUGGAGAACAGAAGUCUCUGGAGAGACCUUAUUGGUACCUUAGCGGUACAACAAGGAGGAAUGGCUUUAAACUGAAAGAGAGUAGGUUUAGGCACAGGUUGCCCAGAGAGAAGCUGUGGGUUCCCCAUCCCUGGAAGUGCUCAAGGCCAUGUUGGAUGGAGCUCUGAGCAAGCUGAUCUAGUGAAAGGUGUCCCUGCCCAUGGCUGGGAAGUUGGAAUUGGAUGAUCUUUAAGGUUAUUUCCAACCCAAACCAUUCUAUAAUUUUAUGAAUAGCUCUUAGGGAGUUACCUUUUCGUAUCAGACUGAAAUAAGUACAGGUGUCUUAAAAGGAAUUAGAGGAAACAAAUUUAAAUUAAAGACCAGCAUCUUUUAAGAGAUCAGACCAUAUGUGGCCGAAAAAUGGAAAAUCUGUUGUUCUGUACCUGGAUUUGACAUGUGUAGUGAUGAGCAGGUCAUACUUGCUCCAUUCUUGUUUCCCUGCCUCUAACAUGGGACUAAUAAUGCUCAAUUAUCUCACAAGGAUGUUGUGAGGCUUAAUUAAUACAUAUGUUUAUAAAAUGCUUUGAAAAUAUAAGCUAAUUAUGUAUGCUAAUUAUUACUGUUGUUUUUUAAAAUGUGCUGUUGUCUCACUUACUUAAAUAUUCACCUUUUUUGUCUGGUGCUAGACCUUAGUUAAAUAUAACUUUUUAAAAAUA